AACGCCUUUCGCUCCAAAGUGAAUCGCCGAGUCUCAUGGACGCUUCUCCUCAUCUCGUUCUCUCGCGUUCUUGCCGGAGUCCCCGUUCGUCUCGCCCCGGUUCUUGCUGGCCCGUGAUGAUCUUCGAGACCCAGUUCAAAUUCGAUUCUAGGAUUUUCCUUCUCUUUUAUUAGCUAUAUAAAAAAAAAAAAACAAGAGGCUCAAGCUCAUAUACAGGGCCAGAGCUAGGAUUUUGCUGCAUUAGGCAAGCAAAACUAGAGUCAAAACACAAGCAAAAGGGACAGACGUAUUUCUGGGUACAUUUGUCUUGAGAAGAAGAAGAAGAUGGGUUUUUGGACACUGUUUGAGGUGGCAUCGAUGCCAAUUUUGCAAGUUCUGCUGAUCAGUGGGUUGGGAGCUGUUGUGGCAACUGAAUAUUGCAGUCUUCUCACUGCAGAUGCAAGGAAGUCCUUGAACAAGAUAGUGUUCAUGUUGUUCACUCCAUCUCUGAUGUUUGCCAGUCUGGCGAGGACCGUCACUCUCCAAGACAUUAUCUCAUGGUGGUUCAUGCCAGUGAACAUUGCCAUCACCUUCUUGUUUGGAGGGAUGCUUGGAUGGAUAGUCGUGAAAUUACUCAAGCCCAAGCCAUAUCUAGAGGGCCUGGUGAUUGCUACAUGUGCAUCAGGAAACCUGGGAAAUCUUCUGCUGAUAAUUGUGCCAGCAAUCUGUAAUGAAGACAACAAUCCCUUCGGGGAUAAGAGCACCUGCAGCUCUGUCGGACUAUCCUACGUGUCAUUCUCCAUGGCGCUUGGAGGUUUCUUCAUUUGGACUUAUACUUACCAAUUGGUACGAUCUUCAUCGGUGAAAUACAAAGAGCUUCAAGCAGUGGACAAUUUCGCAAAGCAGCCCAAUAAGGACUUGGACUCUAAUGAGAGCACACACCUGCUCAAAGGAGAAGAUCAAGAGCCAGUAGUAAUGAGUGUGCAGUCCACAAAAUCUGUUGAAGAUGUAGAAGACCAAGCUGUCAUAUCUCAAGAAUCAAGCAGCAAGUCCGAAAAAGAAUCGGGGACACUCUGGGAUAAAUUGGCAGGAGUUCUUCACAUGAUCGUGGAGGAGUUGAUGGCACCUCCAACCCUCGCUACUAUAUUGGGAUUCAUCUUCGGGGCCGUUUCGUGGCUGAGGAAGCUCAUUAUAGGCAACAGUGCCCCGCUGCGGGUGAUCCAAGAUUCCAUCAAAUUACUGGGUGAUGGAACCAUACCUUGCAUUACCCUCAUACUUGGAGGCAACCUCACUCAAGGCCUGCGCUCUUCGAGAAUCAGACCCUCGGUCAUCCUUGGCGUAAUAUCUGUUCGGUACAUGAUACUCCCAGUGAUUGGCAUCUGGGUCGUCAAAGCAGCUGAUCAUCUCGGCUUCCUCCCGCCAGACCCACUCUACCAUUACGUGCUAAUGAUGCAAUUCACACUGCCACCAGCCAUGAAUAUCGGGACUAUAACCCAGCUGUUUAAUGUGGGUCAAGAGGAGUGUUCAGUUCUCUUCCUGUGGACAUACUUGGUUGCAGCACUAGCGCUCACUUUCUGGUCGAUCGUGUAUAUGGGGAUCUUGUCCUGAGAAUUCUUCAGCUCAAGCAGGGCCAACCCAAUUGGCGCAGUGGAUUGUUCGGGCAGGCAUUAAUACAUUGUUGGGUCAAUAUGGUCGAUUGUUUUUUUUUAGGGUGUAGGCUUUGUUCCAAUUUUUUUGCGUGUAAUCAGUAGCUAAAUUUGUCAUCGUUUGCCUCCGCUGUAAACUAGGGAGAAAACAGGCUUUGGGUAACGCAGUUUAUAGUAAGGUUUUUUUUUUGCCAUAUUCUUUGUGGUGGGAAGGUACUUGUUGGUGUUACCUUUGGUAAACUAGUGAUGAAACGUGGUAAUCACUUGUCUCUGCA